AUUGACGAAUCUCCCCCGGUCUCCCGCUGAUAAUUGAAAGAAUAAAAAUCAAAACACCGUUUCUCUGCCUCUCUCUGUAACUAUUCAAUUUCAACUCCUGCGCGAAAAAAGAAAAGAAAAAUGGCAGUAGUAACCGCACUAACCAGAUCGCUGGGGCAACACUGCCCGAAAAGAUUGAAACCUUCCAUCUUUCCUCACAAAUUUCCUUCUAAUAACUCUCAGUUACAAUUCCAAACACUCAGAACUCUAAUUUUGGAACCCUCUUUAUCCGAAUCUGUCAAGCUCCGUCGUCUCCCCGGCUCCGAUUCCGGAAUUGUUGAGGUUAAUUUGGAAAGGCCUGGAGCCAGAAAUGCAAUUGGGAACGAUAUGUUGAGAGGCUUGCGCCACGCCUUCGAAGCUAUCGAUGGAGAUUCCUCUGCUCAUGUAGUUUUGAUCUCUAGCUCAGUUCCCAAUGUUUUCUGCGCUGGCGCUGAUUUAAAGGAACGAAAGAAAAUGACUGCUUCUGAGGUUCAUUCAUAUGUCAACUACUUGCGAUCCACUUUCUCAUUGAUAGAGGAACUUCAAAUUCCUACCAUUGCUGUUAUCGAGGGUGCAGCGCUGGGUGGAGGACUUGAAAUGGCUCUGUCGUGUGAUCUUAGGAUCUGUGGGGAAAAUGCAAUGUUGGGCUUGCCUGAAACAGGACUUGCCAUAAUUCCUGGUGCAGGUGGGACUCAAAGACUUCCUAGAUUGGUUGGAAAAUCAAUAGCAAAGGAACUUAUAUUUACUGCUCGGAGAAUUGGUGGCAGGGAUGCAAUGUCUAUGGGUCUUGUCAAUUACUGUGUUCCUGCUGGUGAAGCUCAUCCCAAAGGUUUAGAAAUUGCUCGGGAAAUAAAUCAGAAGGGUCCAAUAGCAAUAAGGAUGGCAAAGAGGGCUAUCAAUGAGGGGCUUGAGAGAGAUAUGACCUCGGCUUUGGAUUUGGAAGAAGAGUGCUAUGAACAGCUUUUAAAUACAAAAGAUCGCUUGGAAGGCUUAGCAGCAUUUGCUGAGAAGCGGAAGCCAAGAUAUAAUGGCGAAUAAGAAAGACUCAGAAUCUUACUUAAUAACAGCUUCCAACAGAUGAUCCUAUAGAAGUCAAUAUGGCGAUGUUUGAAGUCUGACAAAUCCAAAUAAUGUGUUUUAACAUUACUGGCAAGUAGAUUAAUGAAAACAUGUUUGUUCCCAAAUUAGAAGAGAGGAACAUAAUUUAAGAGCCUUUACUAUCGACAACUCGUGUUGUUAUGAAAGAAGGUAAUCAGCAUAUGAUGUUCCUGAAUUUCCAGCUAAUGUUUUGUCACAUUAUGCCAGGUAAGGUAUAUUUUGCUUUCAUCAUAAAGUUAGUUUACAAAAUUGUCAUGUUUGUAGUAUAGCACCAACUUUGGCUUCAAGAAUUAAAAGCUACAAGUCAUCAA